AUGUACGACUGCUCGGUCUGUCCAGCCACGCGCAGCGUGGAGCAAGGGAAUAAGAGGGCUCGGAUGCAAGCUCUGGUAGCGGUGGACUCGCUGGAUCCUCCAGCCACGCUGAGCGGAUGGGUUCUCUUGGGGUCGAUACUGGAGAGUCACGUCGGAGUUUUCAUACCGAGGUGUUUGCAGGGGCCGUCCGUGAAAGUUGUUGUGGAAACUCUGGUGUUUGCUUUGGAUGCAUAUCCUCCUUUGUCGCUCCCUCUAAUAUGGGAGAUACACGGGGAUGAAAUAGAAAUCUCGCUCAGUCAACCCGUCAUGAUACAGCUCUUCCGCGGGCUAAACGUGUGGAAGAGCCAUCAGGGACCACUCGGAAUGACUUUCGAUUUCUUCCACGUCCCCGCCAACAAGUUCAUCCCUGCGUGUCUGCGUCCCCAAGUACCCUUUCGCCUCGCCUUCCCUCUCCAGUACACGCCUGUCUUCAAAGACUCAGCGGUAUCUAUCACCGUGCAUGCCGACAAAUACGCUGGUGGCCAGAGGCCUAUGCCUCCCAUGUGCUCCAUGAAGGCCGAAUUCUUGGACUUCGACUUUGUCUGUCCUGUGGACUUGCCGCAGCCCCGCAAAUGUCUUAAGGCCAAGUGGAGAAUCGAGCACCGUGGCAGCCCCCAAGGAACUGUUGCGGUGCGACCUCUCAUGGGCGAAGACGGGUGUACAGUGGAGAACCUCGUGACGCUCGACCCAGACCCGGACUUGGACUCGGACUUGAAUUCGGACAGAUCAGAGGCGGUAAAUGGUGUGGUUGCAACGGCUGUUGCUUAUGGCGUAGAGGAACUGGACGCAGUGGAGAUCUGGGAGAUUCUCCCAGGAGGCAAGGAGAUCCCAUACGUCGAGGGCGAGAGGGCCGCUGAGGAGUUUCAGCGUUCGGAGGUGGAGGUCUGGGAGAUCAGGCCCAACGGCUUUCUUGUUCCCUGUAUUUAUCUCUUUCAACUGCUUGGGUUUGCUCAAAUUCGCUUUUACCUGUGUUGCUCGCCACUUCCCCUCCCAUUCUUCACUAUGGCUGGCAUCUACAUCGAUCGGAGAGUCCUCCCCAUCAUUGCUACCCACAGAGCUCCUACCAUCAGCUCCGUGGAGUACUUUGGAGCCACCCAGCUAUGCCCCUUCAAGACCGGUCUAGCUCACAUUACCGUCAUGUGCCUGGACAGGGCACACAUAGGAGAAUUAUAUGACUAUCCGACGGAUGAGGAGCGGCGCCUCAUUCUCGAGGACGUCGACGCAACGAGGCAGACGGACGACCCGAUUAGGCUGGGAGGGUGGGUGUUUCUGGGGGCGGUCGCGCAGUUCUACGCCGACCAGAACGCCUCUUCGCCCAUCAGCAUCCCACUCCUCUGCGAGAUAGGCCCGUUCGGGCUGCAGAUCGAAAUACCCGGUCCAGCCCACCAACCGCUCAUGCAGCAGGUGUUUCCGGGCCUAAAUCCGUGGAAGGAUUCGGAGGAACGCCGCAGCUCCUUGGGCGUGACCGGAUUCGACCUCUACGAUGUCGACCAGGAGACGUUCUACCCGACGAUCUUGAGAGGGAACGUCCCCAUACGCUUCAAUUUGCCCCUCCAGCAGAUGCCAAUCUUCAAGCUCUCCCAUGUGGGCACGACGCCCAAGGUUUACAGCUACGCCCACGGUAUCUACCCUGACAUCAAACCGCUGUGCUCCAUGAAGCGUCAGUUCAUGGACCUGGAGUACGUCUGGCCCCAGCUUCCCCUUCCACGCGCGUACAUGGAGGCGCAAUGGAGUGUCGUUAAUGCCGGACCCCUCGGAAUCGUGGCCCAGCGCCCUGCCUUGGACGAACCCGGCUGCACGGUCGUAGUACCUCAGAAUUGGCCGGUGGCGGAUGAUCACGCUGACGAGAACAGCGGCAGCAAUGAUGCGGGGGAGGAAGCGAUGGAGACGGACGAUCCAAUGGGAUACUUUGACUGGAACGACGAGGGGUUCAAGUUCAUUGGGCAAGAGGAUUUCUAG